GAUAGUGAAUACAGAGACGGGUCACUAAGGAGCAGGUGGGGGCCACACCCUGAACACAGACACGUAUCACUAAGGAGCAGGUAUAGGGGAUUAGAUAGUGAACACAGAGACAGGUCAUUUAGAAGCAGGGCGGGGUUAGGCGGGGCAUACUCCGAUGGUGGAGUAUGCAGAUAAAGGGAUGCCUAUUGGUUGCCCUAUUUAGAUGGCAACCCAAUUUGACCCUAUUGGUUUGUGAGUGCGCUUCAGAUGCAUCUUUUUAAAUUAGUCCUCCAGUAAGAUCAGCUGAGGCAGCACGUGUGGCACAUGGUUUCACGUUCGAGUAUUUAUUAGUUUCUUAAAUUGCCUUAAAUGUUUAUCAUUUGAAAGAGUGAGGCCAUUACAGAAUGAUGGAAAGACAUAACCUUUUGACAGUUUUGUUAUUCCUAACCAAUCUAAGGUCAACCACGUCUCGUUUGUUGUGGUUCUACCGGUCAGGUUGUUUCUACAGAUAUCCUCCUCCUUCCUCUACAAACAUGAUCCCUGCCUCCACAAACAUGAUUCCUUGAAACAAAUUAGAGGCAAGAGAAAAUGAGCUGCUCCGUUCACUCCGAUUUGAGCUUGUCGGCCAACGUACUUUAGCUGUUAAUCUAAAGUCAGAUUGGUGAGAAAGACUUAAUGUAAGUAGAAUUACAUUCUAAUGAUGAUUACACACCUGUCGUACACAGAGUGUUGCUUGAUGGUUGAUGGUGGGGCUCCUCCCAUCCCCUCCUCCUCCCCUCCUCCUCCCCAGAUGAUGUGAGGCUUUGGGAGGGAUUACACUUUAGAGGAACUCCCUAAAUACCUUAGGGUUUCCCUCAGAUCUAAUUAAGGCACAGUGGUUGUUGCUAUCCAUAUCUAUAAUUACAGUGUCAAGGAAAGUACGUUAACAUUUUGGAAUUAAAUUAUUUUCUGAAUAAAUUUGUCAAAAAAUGUGAUCUGAUCUUCAUCUACGUCAAGGGUAUUGACAAACAUUUGUCUAAAGAUAAUACAAAAAAAAUAUUAUCUUUCAUGUCCUUAUUGAACACACUCAUUCAACAUUCAAAAUGGAAGUGGAAAAAGUAAGUGAACCCUAUGCUAACAAUCUACAAAUGGAGAAACUUUGGCAUUGUUGCUACUCUACCAAGAAGUGGGCGCCCCUUCAAAAUGACACCAAGAGCACAACGAAGACUAAUCAAUGAGGUAAAGGAACCUCAGCUGAAACUGUGUAGAAGUUGGGUGAUAAAACCAGUUAUUCAUAACUGUUGACUGGUGAAUUUCUAAAGUCUUUGAAAUAACUUUGUAACCCUUGCCAGCUUUAUGUAAAUCCACAAUUCUUCAUCGUUGAUCUUGUGCCGAGCAAACUCGAAAAGUUUUAGUGUUUUUUAUCUGUCAAAGUAGCUGUAGUCCACACCUCCAAACUUAUUAUCUUAACAAGACUCCAUUUGUGCUUAAACCUUACUCCAAUUAGCUUUCUGAGUUCAUUAACUCAAGGGUUCACAUACUUUUUCCACAAUCACUGAGUUUUUUUUGGUUGUUCUCAAUAAAGACAUGAAAGUUCAAAGAAAUGUGUGUUAUUAUUUUAGACACAUUUUAUUUGUCAAUACCCAAUAUUUUUAUAUUUGAAGAAAUACAAUAGAACAUUUGAAACAUAACAAUAGAACAUACAAACUUUGGGCUAAUUUAGAAACGUAACCCUUAAAUCACUGAAGACUUUCCAUAGUAUGGAUCGAGUUUGAGCAACCCAUCCACACAUACAUACAACGAAUGCAUGUGUGAAUGGGUUUAUACAAAUGGCUCUACAAACAGUCACUGUUUGGAGGAGCCAAAGGUACAUACAACCUGGCCUGGUGCCCUUCCUCCAAUACCACGUAUUCUGGAAGUGGUUCCCACCCCUGAAGCUGCGUGCCAGUCCCCUAGCACUCCCUCUCAGGUGAUCUCCAUCUAUCCCUCCGUCCCCACCGACCAUCCCACCCUGGUUCUGCUGCCGCCGCUGCUCUCCGGGGACAUCCUCAGCUACCGCCGUCAGCAGAAGAAAGGUGUUCAUCGAUCGAGAAGCAGACGAUAUGGGUGCCCACGGCUCGAACCUGGACGCCAUCUUGGAGGAGGACAUGCACCACUGGUACAACAAGUUCAUGCGAGAGUCGCCGUCGGGUCUCAUCACCCUGUUUGAGCUGAAGAGCAUGCUGCAGAUGAAAGGCAUGACCGAGGAAGCCAGCAGCUAUGUGGACCAGAUCUUUUUAACCUUUGACAUGGAUGGGGACGGAUACAUAGACUUUGUUGAAUACAUUGCAGCAGUAAGUUUACUGCUCAAAGGGGAAAUCAACCAGAAACUCAAGUGGUACUUCAAGCUCUUCGAUCAAGAUGGGAAUGGAAAAAUCGACAAGGACGAAAUGGAGACUAUAUUUAAGGCAAUUCAAGACAUCACUAGGAGUUACGAGAUCCCACCUGAGGACAUUGUGACUCUUGUUUAUGAGAAGAUUGACAUAAAUGGAGAAGGGGAGUUGACCCUGGAGGAGUUUAUCAGCGGGGCCCGGCUGCAUAGCGACAUCAUGGAUAUGCUCUCCAAGAUGAUGGACCUCACCCAUGUCCUGGAGAUAAUCGUCAUGGGGCAGAGGACCACAGCUGUCAACUGACAGACCUUUGUAAUUCCCAUUACGGGGGAUUAACCAAUGGAAGAGAGAAGGGUUUGGGAGAGCUGGAAAAGGCUGAAUUUCGAAGGCAAACUGCAUUGUGUUCAGAGAGCUUCAAGUGCCAAGUUUUGUUUUUGUUUAUCUCUGGAGAUGGAUUUUGGAUGAGUUGACUUUGAUCAGUAGUCUGAAAGAUAGGUCUCUGUUUGUCUCUGAAGUUUGUAAUGCAAAGCAUCCGGGACAGCUUCAGUUCUUUUUCAGGUUGCAUUGAUACCGUUUUAAACGGUAGUUCUUUCAAAGGUACGAAUAGAUCCAGUAACCCAUGUCUAAUAUGAUGACGCACAAGAUGUUUAGUAGUUUUGAUGAGGUGUUAUUUCAAAUGGACGAACAUGUUGCCUUAUUCAUCAAUACAAUCUGUUUUUGAUUUCAUA